AGCAGUACACAUCCAUGUGUGCACACAGGCACACCCGAGAAGACAGCGGUUAAUGUUCUACCGUGUGUUUUGUGUACAUGGAGACAGAAGAGGAAGUGACAGACAGCUGGUCGAUACAGCAGAGCCCUCACCGCCUACCACUGUCGGUGGUAGUUGAAGCGGGAUGGAUACCCACUUGACUUUCUCUUCUCGUCGGUCACCUGUGGUGUGUUUACACGGCUGUGUGGCUUCCAGCCAGGCGCUAGCUUCAAGUGUCGGACUGGACAUCCUGAAGCGGGGUGGCAAUGCAGCAGAUGCUGCGGUUGCUGUUGCGGCAGCGCUGGCUGUAACAGAGCCCGUCAGCACCGGUCCUGGUGGAGACGCCUUCUGCUUGUUCUACAACAGCAGCACCGGAGAGGUGACAGGAAUUAACGGCAGUGGUCGUUCACCCAAAGCUCAGACCCUGGACUUCCUGGAAGGACGUGGUUACACUGCAGAGGCCCCUCCUUCACCUUUUGAUGCAUUGAAUAUCACAGUGCCCGGGGCCCCUGCAUGCUGGUGUGAUACUGUACAGCUGUUUGGUAAUCACAAGCUGUCCUUGCAGGAGGUGCUGAGUGGGGCAGUGGAGCUCGCAGAGGUGGGGUUUCCUGUUGCAGAGGUAGCGGCUCACCACUGGGCAAACUGGGUGGCUGCCCUGAGAGAUGCUGGGAGGGAACUGGGUGGAGACUUGCUGACUGAUGGUCAUGCACCCAAAUGUGGACAAGUAUUCAGAAACCCUGCCCUGGCCCAGACCCUGAAGGAGCUUGGUGAACUUGGCAAACCAGCUUUCUACCAGGGCAGAGUGGCUCAAGCCAUUGUUGAUAUCAUCGGCCAAAAUGGAGGAGUCAUGACCCUGGAUGACCUCAGCAGCCAUGACAGUGAGGUCAUCACCCCCAUAAGCACAGACUAUAAGGGUGUGUGUCUGUGGGAGCCUCCUCCUAACAGUCAGGGACUGGCUGCCCUGCUGCUACUCAACAUCCUGGAGAACUUCCCCCUCAAAGCUUUAGGCCACAACAGCCCUGACUACAUCCAUGUAUUGGUGGAGGCUGUGCGCCUGACGCUAGCAGAUGCUCUGCGUUACCUGAGUGACCCAGAACAUGUGACCAUCCCUCUGGAAAUGUUACUGGACAAGACCUACAGCCAACAGCGAGCACAGCGCAUCUCCAUGGACAGGGCCAUGGAAGACUUAGAGCCUGGCCUGAUGACAGGAAGUGACACGGUAUACUUCUGUGUGAUUGACAGUCAGGGCAACGCCUGCUCGUUUGUCAACAGCACCUAUAUGGGGUUUGGAAGCGGGCUGGUCCCUAAGGAUUGUGGGUUCUCGCUACAGAACCGUGGUGCCAGCUUUACUCUACGUCGUAACCACGUGAACCGUGUUGCUGGGGGGAAGCGGCCAUAUCACACCAUAAUACCUGCGCUUCUCACUGAGUCUGCAACCAAAUCACAAAAACCUCGACUCCUCGCUGCACUGGGGGUGAUGGGGGCCUUCAUGCAACCACAAGGACACGUCCAGGUUUUGUUGAACAUGUUGGAGUUUGGGAUGAAUCCUCAACAAGCUCUGGACGCACCAAGAGUUUAUGUAGCAUAUGACAACAAAACUGAUCAGUGGUCAGUUAAUCUGGAGGAGGGGGUCGACCAGCAGGUAGCCGAAGAGCUGAGAAGACGGGGCCACAAAGUCAACUGGCCAAUCACAGGCCACAAAAGAUCUCGGUUUGGGCAGGGACAGAUCAUCACAGUGGGGGAUUGGUGGAGCUCAUCCGUCAGUCAAGGUGAUCACCCAUCGGUGCUGUGGGCAGGAUCAGACCCCAGAGGGGAUGGAUGUGCACAUGGAUACUAGAAACACAGUACAUGAACACUCUUGUCUUUCCUGUUGAUAAUUGAUCACAAAGCUUUCUGACAUGAGGAGUGGGAGCACUAUGAAUAUUUGGCAUGACAUAAUUCACAGCAAACAUAGUUUGCGAUGGAAUCAUGGGUGCCACUUUCAUCAUUUUCAUUUAUAUCCUCUUGAUUUCGAGCUACAUUUGUAAUUUAAUGCGAUAUGUUUUUGGUCUUGUUGCUGAAUGAAAUAGGAAAACUUAUCUUUGUGUAACACUGUAUUACAUACCAAAGAUGCCUUUCCUUAACUCAGUCUUUUGGUUGAGAUAAUUAUCUGCUACAAUCCCUGUAAUUAGUUGCUGCUAAUCUUGUGUUUAUAUGUACAACUCCUCCCCCAAUAAAUGUUUAUAUUUUGUAAGGGCAACAUUUUACAAAACAAAUCCAGUUCAGAUAAUGUAAGAAUGUAUUAAUGUGUUGUCAGUCAAGUCAGUCAAUAUUCUGCAUUUUAAAGUAUAUUUGUUUCUGAUGUCAUUGGAAUUGAACUGAUUUAACAGUCUGUAUUUCAGAUGAUCUUUGAAAUAUGCUGUAUAUGCUCUAUUCAUGAUUUUAAUGUUAAUAUAAAUGAAUAUAAAUUAAAUCUAUUUUCAGAUACUUAA